CAGCAACUGCGAUCGUUUACAAUUCGUUGCAGCGCUGCCCCGCCCUGUGCGACACCAUCGGUCCCCGUUUCCGACUGCACAAGGCAGCAGGGGACUAGGGUAGCUGCAUCAGGCUUCACGCAUUAAAAAAAAUCGGACCGUCUGCAUACCACAAUGCAAUGCUAGCAGCAGGGCUUGGGCCUCCUCCAGCGCUGCCCGCCGCCGCCGCCGCUGCUGCCUGCCCGCCAGGCCCGCGCCGCCGGAGUGCCAUCCACGCCCAGCCCACCCCUCUGCUGGACGCUGUGGUAGAGCGGGGGGAACGCUUCCAGGAGGUGCCCUUCCAUGUGCCUGGGCACAAGCGAGGCGGCGGCACGCCGCCCUGCCUGGGCCGCAUGCUGGCCGGCGCUGAGCGAUACGACCUCACCGAGCUGGAAGGCCUGGACAUCCUCAGCUCCCCCAGCGGCCCCAUCCUGGCGGCGCAGCAGCUUGCGGCGGCGGCCUGGGGCGCGGAUGCCACCUGGUUCCUGGUCAACGGCACCACCGCCGGCAUCCACGCCGCCGUCAUGGCCACGUGCGGCCCCGGGGACGCCCUGCUGCUGGCCCGCAACGCCCACCUGUCGGCCUUCAACGCCAUGGUGCUGGCAGGCUGCACGCCCGUGUACGCUCAGCCAUGCUGCGACGCGCACCUGGGCAUCGCUCACCACGUGGCGCCGGCGGCGCUGGAGGCAGCGUUUGAGGCGGCUGCGCGGCAGGAGCUGAGGGUGGGGGCCGCCCUCGUGGUGUCGCCCACCUACUUUGGAGUGCUCAGCGACAUUGCAGGCCUGGCGGCGGUGUGCCACGCGCGCGGCGUGCCGCUGCUGGUGGACGAGGCGCACGGCGCUCACCUGGGGCUGCACCCGGCGCUGCCGCCGUCUGCGCUGCAGCAGGGCGCCGACAUGGCGGUGCAGUCCACCCACAAGCAGCUGUCGGCGCUGACGCAGGCGGGCAUGCUGCACGUGCGGGGAGGGCGGGUGGCGCGGGAGCGCGUCAGCCGCGCUCUGCAGGUGCUGCAGUCCUCCAGCCCCAGCUACCUGCUCAUGAGCUCCCUGGACGCGGCACGGGAGCAGGCCAGCACCCCGGCCGCCCACGAAGAGGCCUUAGCGGCGGCGGCCUAUGCAAGGCAGCAGCUGGAGCGCUUGCCUGGCGUGCAGCUGCUGUCAGCGGGCCAGGUGGCUGGCAGCGGUGGGGUUGGUCUGGAUCCCCUGCGCCUCACCAUCAGCCUGCAGCAGCUGGGGCUCACAGGCUACCAGGCAGCGGCAGUGCUUGAGCAGCAGUGCGGCAUUGUGGCGGAGCUCGCCACGCCCACCUGCGUGGUGCUGGCAAUGGGCAUUGGCAGCACGCAGCAGCACGCGCAAGCGCUGGUGGCUGCAGUGCAGCAGCUGUGCCAGCAGCAUUACGGCGACAACAGCAGCAGCAGCAGCAGCAGUGCCUCCAGCAGCAGCCCGGCAGCCCCGCCUGCAGUGCCAUCCACACCAGACGUGAGGCUGUCCCCACGGGAUGCGUUCUUUGCGGCGGCAGAGGCGGUGCCAGCGGGGCAGGCGGGGGGCAGGAUCUCGGCGGAGCUGCUGUGCCCCUACCCGCCAGGCGUGCCGGCGCUGUACCCAGGGGAGGUGAUCACAGAGGUGGUGCUGCAGCAGGUGCAGGCCGUGCUGCGGCAUGGCGGCACUGUCACCGGAUGCAGCGAUGGCAGCCUGCACACGCUGCGGGUGGUGGCUGCACCCUGACGACCACCCACUGAUGGCGCUGCCCUCCAUUCUCCUCCUUGCUCCGCCCCCCACCUGUAAACCACGCCACCC